GUAUAAUGUUUAGGCGACAGUGAUUUUAUUUUAUAAAUGAUAUCGAUUUUGGUAAGUUUUAUAAUAAGGAAAAGAGAGGUUGUGCCAGAUUGUUGCACCAUUUUUUUGAAAUGAAAACAUGAGGAAGUAACGCCAUGAAAGUUUUAUUUUGAUAUACUGUAUUUGAAACCAGAGAACCUAUAUCUGAUGUCCAAGCAGAUGUUGAGUUUAAAAACCGUGCGAUUUUCUGAGUGAAGGCCGGCUUCUCUAAAAGUACCUUAUCCGAAAUAUUAGCAAGCGAAUCAACAAUUGAAUAACAGCUCAAAGUUGAUAAGGAAAACAGAUUAUACCUGUAUGUAUCCUUACAAACCUACUCACAGUUUUUAAUUCCUCAUGUCGAAUCUAAUUAUAAACCAUGAAAGUUCCAUUGUGGAAAACGUAUUCCCUGAUGAAUAUAACUGAGACGCUUCAUAGUUGUUACCCCAGCUAAGUCGAAACGUAGGUUAGGUAUCUAUUGAGAUUAGGCAACGCGACAAGAACCUCAAUUUCAACCACUGACAUAUAAAAAGAAGUCAGGAUAUUUUGGCAAAAUAAAAGGCGGAUUCACAUACCGGCCCAUCACAUUUAUCGCCGGUGUUAAUUAUGCAAGGCAAGUUGUCUGAAACAAGGAGGUUGUCUGAAUUCACACUUACGAGGCCUGAUUGGUCAGAGCAGUUUAGAUUUGCUGUCGAACGUGUCUGACUGGAAUGUCUAGAGCUUUCGGAGCAGACACGUACACACUUCUGUGUCCAAGUCCAAGCAAGAGAGUUACAUCUAUGUAAAUUUAUUUGUCUUAGGAAAGGGACUCGUUACCGGCAGUAUUCACAACAAAAACUAGCUCCAGUGUCCUCGCACCGUGGUGUCAGCCCCACACUACCGAGAGACCCAGCUGUUUUGUUCGUCUUGCACACGCUGAAACUGAGAGAGGGAGAGUCGCAAUCUGAAGUUCCCACAUGGAGUUCCUCACCGUACCGGCCACAGCUGCAGCAGCCACCCUGAUCAGCGCUCUUGCUGCAGGUGGUUCGUACCUGGUCUACCGGCGAUUUACCCACCAGCCAUCAUGGCCCAAGGUGAAACAGCAUUGUUCAUACACCCGAAAGGUGUCGCCCAAAAGGAAGAGAAUUCAGCUCGCCCUCAACUCACUUGAAGAUUUCUCCCCGGUCGGGGAAGCCGUGCCAGUACAAGACGUGCCCGCGUUCUUCACCAGCCAUGGGAACGAGUUUUCUGUGUACGGAGUAGACUGGGUACAAGAGGCAGUGGUGCUCAUCAAACCAGCGGACGGCACGGACAUGAAAAAAAUCCUUUCUUCCGUGAGGUGCGCACACUGUCUGGGUUAAGAACGUGUAUUUUAC